CGCCAGCCUUCCCAGCUUCCCCUGUUCUGCCUGAGGAUACACUUCCUUGUUUCGUACGUCACCGUCACAGUCACUGCUCAGUCACAAUUGGGCUAAGAACAGAGCAUGGCCAAGCCUGCCAGGCCCCAGGGGCACCUUGUAUGCCCAUGCCAAAGCAGAGGCCGUGCUCUGCCACACAUGCACCAUGAAGUACCCGCUGGUCCCGCUGGUGAACGACCUCACAUUUUCAUUCCUGGUUUUCUGGCUCUGCCUGCCCAUGGUUUUGCUGCUGUCCUUGGUGAUCAUCUGGCUACACGUCUUACUUAGCCAAGAUUCAAAGGAAAAUGACUCAGAUACAGACUUCACUUGGGAAUCUUGGGGCAAAGGCUUGGCCGAGUUUUGCCAAGAGGGGCUACUCCAUGACCAAGAGGAGGAAAGACUCUGCCAGUGAGCCUGCCCUGCCAGACCCAACCACCCACUGCCUUGCUCAACUGGGCCACAGCUACCAUGGAAGUGGGAGAGACUCUCCAGGGAGGGAAGAAGAUGUUGCUGACUGAUGAUCCUUUCUGGGACACCUUCUACACACACACACACACACACACACACACACACACACACACACACACACACACACCAUCUCCUCCGUGUUGUACCCAUGAGGUGGAGCCAGCUAUUCUCCACCGUCAUACUGGAGCACCAGUCCUGCAGAGAGGAGCUAAGUAUGAGCAGCACGUGAGGAGCAGCUGGCAGCUGAACUCUGCAGUACUGGCUUGGGGCUGUGCCAGAAGCUGGGGGCCCAGGUUCAAGAAAUGAGGGGGUGUUAGGCCCAGAAGAACACAUUUGAUUCUGGGCCUGGUCAAGUCUAUGUGUUCAUCAGCUCGGGGAGGACCCAGGUCCAGCCAGCCAAAGAGUGGGCUUGCUUUGAGCUUCCUUCUGUAGGCUUCAGGUGGAUAUGAAUUGCUAGUCUUUAUUUGAUGAAGCCUACAGGGAAUCUACCAAGAGUCUCGUUGCGAUGGAAUGGUGGGGUGGCUGGUGUUUAAUGCACACUUGCAUGCCUGUGUCCCAGGUACUUGAUAUGUGCUUCACACACAGGAUGACCAUUCACAAGAAUCCUAUGAAGUAGUGUCUUUGAUUAUCCUUGUUUUUUGUU